CUUUGCGGAAAAUUUAAGUCGUACGUUACCGCAAAUGGAAGCGUUAAGGUUGUCGGAAUUGGAAAUUAACUUCUACUUCAACGCGUUCGAUAGCUGUGAUGUUGAGAAAAGCGGAAAGUUAUCCACGGAGUGUGUCAAAAUGUUUCUGUCCCGCUUUGCUAUUUCAGAUAUUUUGAUAAAUGAUGUAAUUAUUCUGAAAUAACUCGGAGACUGUAGAUUUUACUAUUGUCAAAUCCGUCUGUUGGUGGCUUGUGGGGACGCGUAAAUUUCUUCACAGCUUUAAAGUUUGUUUCGCUUGCUCAAAGUGGUAUUCCGUUGUCUAGAAAUGAGUUAAUUAGAAACAGAGAAAACCUCCCCCUUCCCAUGAUCCGCGAUAAAUGUGAGCCGUCGGUGGAGAACAGUAUGUCCAAAGGGAAUAGUUCAUCUCACGAUCCUGCAUCUGUUCAGGAUUUUUUCAACUCAGACAAACAGCCUUAUGAAUGUAUCAGUUGUGAAAUUAAAUUUAAUGAGAAUCAGAUAGCCACAAACAACAGUACUUUUGCAGAAAGUCCUGAAGAUUCCUGUUUUUCUGCUUGGCCUAGAAGUUACGACGAUGAACAAAGUCUUUUAACGGAGGAAUCUAUUGAACAUGACGAUAACGAGGACAAAAUACCCAAAACUUCUGAUUGGUGGAUCCCAGACAAGCCAUUUCGAAAGAAAAUGCAUUCAAACACCAAUUGCUCUUCUUCUCGAUCUUCUGAUACAAUCGCUUCUCAAGAUUCUAACUCAUCUACUUAUUUUGAAAGCACUAAUAAAGAAUGUGAAAAUAUCAAGAAAUUACAUGAUGCUAGUGUGUUGAGUUAUCGAGAUUUACCUGAUCACUCGUCUGAUCUGCUAAGUGAAAUUCAACCGAAAGGGACUUCUGUCGACCACUCUUUACAGAAUUCUGAGGACAAUUAUCGAUUUUCAUUCAAUAAUACUCGAAAAUCUGAAGUCAAUAAAGGGAAGGUAUCACACUAUCGCAGUUCUUCAUUCCCAUUCUCACAGUAUAAUAAUACUUAUGCAAAUCAAAAUGCAAAGCGUAAAGAAAGAUGUCUUAAAUGGUUAGCAUCAUUUGCAUUACAAUCAAUGAGAGAAGCUGAAUAUGCAUCACAGUUUGAUGAGUUCUUUAUUUCGAAGGACAUUGAUAACCGUGUUACCAAUUGCAACUUAGUAGUAACACGCUCAGAAGUAACACAGUUAUUUACAGAGCAAUAUAAAAUUUCGUCACUUGAUUUCGACCAUAUUUGGUUAGUUGCUGACAUCAAUCGAGACAAUUAUUUAGAUAAAUAUGAGUUUUGUUUAGCUAGUCAUUUAGCACAUUUACUUGGUCAUCGUGGUUUGUCAUUUGACGAUGCUGUUACUGCGUGUAAACCCUAUAUCAGUAAAAUUAUUAAAAAGUAUAAAAAAACUGGAAACAAAGGUAAUCAAUCCGACCGUCCUGAUCUAGAAUAUCUAUACUCCACUGGUUUAUUGAGCAGUAAUUCGAAUUAUAAUUCAAUGAAUAAUCCGUUGUUAAAGCAACAUUCUGCAAUAGACAUUCUUAGUAAUCGGAAUCCAAUUAUUUUUGAUGAUUCUUCUUAUUCCUUCAAUAUGGAUUCUGCUUUUGAUAUUCCUGAAACUAAUUCUAAAAGUUUAUAUUAUAAUUCAUUUGAAAACUUAUCACAUGACCCUAUUAAUGGCUGUGAUAGUCGCAGUAAAUCUUCAUCUGGAAUUAUUGGUAGUUCAUCAUCUUCGUCCUCUUACUCAUCUUCACGUUUAUCAGCAUCACCACUCUCGUCUUCUGAAAUUAGUGGUUCUGUUGAUUCUGUGCAUUUAUCUAGUGAAAAAACUAGUACAAAUAACCCGUGUAUUGAUCCGAUCCAAUUAUUAUCCGCGAUCACUGGUCAUCGAAAAACAUUUUUAUCUGAAUUAUCUAGUAGCCGUCGACGUCGUCUCUUAUCUUCACUUAUUCGGGAAGCCAAAUCAGUCAAUCAUACGUUACUUCGUUUAAAUAAUGAAAUGCAAGGUGAACUUGCUGAGUUGAACGAUCAGCGAGUUAAUUUACGGGCACAACUUCAACAUUUAGGAUUACAACCCGCAGUUUAAACAGCGAAUUAAACAUUUUAUCUAAAAGUUUACUUCCACAUAUUUUCCUAUUUUACUCAUUAGAAAAGCUGAAUAACGUUAGUAAAAUCUUGUCUUUUAUUUACGGUCAAUAUGUAGUGUUAGGCUGUAAAAAAAGUCCUUGGAACUUUACAAUUAAUUUCGGAAUCAUCUAUACAAUAAUAACAACAAUCUAAAAUUCUGUCAUUCAUUCGAUGUUCACAGUGCUUUUUUGAGAAACGAUUAAUUGUGAACAUUUCUACAUGUCCAUAGUUUUCAAAACUCGCUUCUUUUCCACCCAAGUCUUGAGUAAUACUAUUAUCGCAAUUUUAAUGUCAGUAUGAACUCUGUUUCAAAACUGUUCAACGAAAGAAUGUUAACAAUUUUUCGAAGACGUUGUACAGACUCCGAAACGUACCGUACUUACUACUUUGUGAUCAUAUAGCUGGGAUUUCACUUAACAUUAUAUAUGUUCUCCUAAUUAUUUGUUUAUAGCUUCGAUUUUUCCAUAACUGCUAAUGUAGCGUAAAUGUGAAAAAGUCCUGUCAAUUUGUUUAUUAGUUAAUAGAAUUAAAAGUUUUAAAAUUAUUUUCUCAUACUAAACAAAUGAAAUACUGGGAGACUUUCACUUAAAUUUAUG